AUGUACCGAAAUACUGAAGACUCAUCAGAUAAGAAUUACAGAAAUAAUUUUAUUUUUUUUCCNUUUGUGGUUAUUAAUCCGAGUCUUGAAGUUGAAGCUGCGGCGAAGGAUUAUGAGGCGAAGGUGCGAGCAAAGUUCCCCAAUGUGGAAUGGCCAACAUUCGACCUCUUGCUGUUGGGCAUGGGACCUGACGGGCAUACAGCAUCUCUCUUCCCUGGCCACGCACUGCUGAAGGAGGACAAGCUGUGGAUCGCACCCAUCAGCGACUCCCCAAAGCCACCACCUUGCCGCGUGACCAUGACUUUCCCGGUGAUCAACAAAGCACGUUGUUGCAUAUUUGCAAUGGCUGGACAAGGAAAAGCAGACAUGGUGAAGCGUAUCCUUGGAGACAGUGAAGCUCUGCCAUCCGGAAUGGUCAAACCUAUUAAUGGAGAACUCAUUUGGAUAUUAGACGAAGGAGCCGCGUCUAAGCUCUAGAAGUUAGCAUCAGAUGGUAACUUCCGAGAAGAAAAGUGGUAAAUGGUUCCGCAGUAUUUUUUUGAUCUCUUCAUUAGUGACUAGUCUAUUUUUUCUCUCUCUCUCUUUAUCCUUCUCUCCUUUUUUUAUAUGAAUACUUUUUUUAUGAAAUGUGUGAUAUGUUCCUCUUCAUUAUGAGAUAAUUAUUUUGUAUAAAUUUUAAAAGGGGUAACUAAUGGUAAUGAUCAUAUAAUUUCCAGGUUAAUAUAGCAUUCAAUGUACAUUUUAUUUCUGUAUUGAUACUCAUUAUAGGGACCACAUCCAAACAAUUUAUACUAGAACACUAUAUGUGACCUAUAAUUAACCAAUUUAAUUUUAAAAUCUAAACAUGUGAUAGUAAUGCCUUUUGUUGAUAUCAGAAUAAUUACACCUUAGAAUUAAAGAAAAUAUUGUUGAGAAUAAGAUUUUUUUUAUGCAAGGCUAAGAGAAUCUGGUUGUAAAAUUUAUGAUAUGAGAUUUCAUUUAUGAUAAUUUAUUUAUAUAUUUAUUGUUACAUUAUUAGUAGUAAUAUUCAUAAUACUGUAUAUUAUUUUUGUUAUAUACAUAAUUUUUCAGAUUUAUAUUUAGACAGAUAAUGGUUUUAAAAUUCACUUAUUAUUUUAUGCAAAUCCUUCUUUUUUUUUAUCUCGAUCUUUCUAUUUCUUGUAAAGCAUAAAAGCAUUCAGCUGUUUAUAUUGUUAUAAAGGUAUACUGGAUCAUAUAUCUUAUUAUAUAGGCUGAAUGCAGGAGCUGAAGAACAAUUUAGAAUACUGAGGAAAAAAGGCAUGACAUAAAUAUAUUUUUAUAGUUAUUUGUCUCAAUUGCUGAUUUGCUUUCCAUUGAUGUAAGGGCAAAUGGCAGAUUUUUUUUUUUUUUCUUUUUUCCUGUAUCUAAAAAGGUGCUGGUGAUGGUACACAACUAUUGGCCGGAGACAGACAGUUUUGUACUUUUUAUUUUUCAUAAAUUGAGAACUAAA